AUGGAGGCCGAAGUACCGCCGAAUGAGACGCUCUAUGUCAACAACUUGAACGAGAAAGUGAAGCGAGAUGAGUUGCGAAAGGCUCUCUAUGGGCUGUUCUCGCAGUACGGCACAGUGCUCGACAUUGUGGCUCAGAAGUCGCUCAAGCUGCGCGGUCAGGCCUUCGUGAUCUUCCGCGACAUCGCCCAUGGUGCGUGA